GCGGGGUGACAGCCCUGCCGAGCCGAGCAGUGCCCAGCGAAGCCCAGCUGCCCCGGCCGGGGCUGCGGAGGCAGCGCCCGCUCCCGCCUCGGCCCUCUCGCUGCCGGGAGGAAGAGAGGCGGGAGCCGCCACCCCCGCGCCCGCCAUGUGGAAGCUCAACAAGAGCAGCAAAGUUCUGCUGGACGACUCUCCCGAGGAGGAGGAGACGCGUCCCCGCGGCCCGCCGCCUGCUGCCGCCUGCGCCGCCGCCGCCUUCGCGGCCCCCCAGGUUCAAGGUGCAAGCUUCCGGGGUUGGAAGGAAGUGACAUCUAUGUUCAAUAAAGAUGAUGAACAGCAACUGUUAGCAGGAUGCAAGUCUACAAAAUCCAAAGGAACAAACCUAAAGUUAAAGGAAGAGAUGAAAUCUGAAAAGAAAACAGGUUUUUGGGACAGUUUGGUGAUAAAGCAGAAUGCCUCAUCUAGGAAACCAGAUGAGAUAGAGGGAUGGGAACCGCCUCAGAUUACCACUGCUGAGCCUACCAGUGAUGCAGCAGCUGCUCUAAGUGACUAUACAGCCUGGUCAGGCUGGGAAGAUGAAACCAAAGGCUCCACAAAAUACACAAACCUGGCCAGCUCAGGAAACAGUUCCAGGUGGAGUAUCAAAUCAGCUGGAAAGCUGGUUAGUAUUAGACGUCAAAGCAAAGGUAACCUUACUGACAACUGGGAAGAACUAGAAUGAUACUGGUAAUGUGAAAAACUUCAUAGAUAAGAAGAGAAAGGUUCCAUGAUUUACUCAUAUGUUUAAACCAAAAUUGAAUCUGCUCAAUAUUGCACCUUUAUACAGUACUUUGUUUUAUUCAGAUUGUUACAAAUUAUUGCUCACCUGAUAGUAAAUUUUCUUAUUACAUUGCUAAGUAGCUAUGUUUUCCACACUGAAAAAAGUAGAGAAUCUAUUUUGUGCCUAUAUUUCACAUUCAGACUCUGCAGUAUGUUGGAUUGUCAGUUUUACCAAAAAAAAAAAAAAAAAAA